UUAUGGCUACAAGAUUAAAGAACUAUGAAACUAUUAACUAAGAAAUUACCAUGGAUCUAUGGGAAUUACCUGGACGCCGCGUGGCCUUCUGUUCUUCCAUCUACGUUCUAGAAUGUUCGUAGUUUUUCGCGCGCUUGGAAACACGCGACAGGUGACGGUACGUACGACCACAACUUUCAUCAAGAAUGUUUGUGGAACUUAAAGAAGUAAGUCACUGUGUCUUUGAAAGGAAGGAUACUAGAGAUUAAAAUGCUUGACAUAGUUAGUGUGUAGGUUAACUGGUAUGAAGCCAAAAGCCUUUAUUAAGCUAACAUCUUAACUUGCUACUUCCAGGUGCUUCGAUUGCUCAUGUUAAUGAGUAAAAAAAACAAAAAGCAAGGCCAAGACAAAGGAGGACUGCUGAUUCUCAUAUGGCUCGAAAAAUGUCCUGAUGUCCCAAGUCUUUGCUGUACAGUUGCUGCUGCUGGCCCUUGGUGUGCAGGGAUCCACAUGGAGGAGCUUUACCCAGCCUUUACAGAUGUAAUGAAAAGACUACAUACCUGCCCUGGGUCAUGUCCAGAACCUGACAUAGAAGACCUGUGUGCCUUUACAGAUUUGCAUGGAUCCCUCCAUGUAUUCCUGUCCUUCCCGAUGAAGAAUGUACACUUUGUCAGAUCAAAGUGGCAACAUCAGAUUGAAGAAUUUCUUCACACAUUCAGCAUAACUAAUGCAGAGAUAAGAAUUCAUCUUCAUAUUCGAAUUAAUCAGAAACUCUUUCAACAAGAUUUUAGAGUUCAAGAUUACAUUAGGGUUCCACUAUUUGGCCAAACUUCACUUUAUUUGGAUGUCUCAGUCAAUACACCGUCAGAAAACCUCACUAUAGCCCAUUUGGAGUCUUCUAAGAGUGGCCAGCGUUGCCAUGACUGGCACCCUGACAUUGGCAGUAGCUUACCUCUCAGUAUUCCUCCCAAAGCCAUUGAACAGGGUCUUUUUGGGACUGUCACCCUCAAGCUCAUCACACUGUGGAAACCGUGUGUUCUGCAGUAUCCAAAUGCGGCAACAAAUCUCACUCAAAUAAAAGUGUUCGUUUACAGUCCUAGCAAUGUUCCAAUUACAGAUCCAUCUGCCUUUCUGCAGAACUUCCCUGCUCAUCUGAACUUUCAGGAAUUGGGUCUCCAAAAAGGCCAUCUGAGUUUCCAAGAAGGCAUACCCGGUGGUGGCUCUGUCUAUAAAGUGGAACAAGCGAACACCCUCGAGAGUGUUGUAAAGUCAAGUUUGUUCUCCAUUGACCAAAGUUUGUUGCUUUUCCUGUUUCUGCAAUACACUGACCCCUUUACGUCUGAGAUUUCUGACAUCAUGGCUAGCGAGGUGCUGUUAGAGCACCACCUAGAGGAUAUACUAACCUACAACAAGCAGGCUGUGACAAAUGCUAUGGCAAAUGAGCUCAAAAAGACAAUGACAGCCCAGAAUAACAGGAAAAAGGAUCACGGGAAGAUGCAUUCAGCAUGUGAAGUAAUCCUGAGUUCAGCCCUCAGUAUUAUUAGUUGCAGCAGUAACAUGGACUUUAGAAAUGUUUGUCUUAACACCAUGAAGGUGCACAAUACUCAACAAAUGUCAGUGGCCAUCAGUGAGUCUCUGAAGAGAUUAAUUUUCUGGAAGUUUGCCCCUAAAAGAACAUGCUGCUCAGAACAAAUUGGACAGCAACCUGAGAAGAACAAACACAUCAGAGUAGAAAUGUAAAUGAUGAUGAUGGUAGUUACUUAGAAUAAAAAAGGAUCUUUACAACUCUAAUUGUAGUGUUUGUUGGGUGUAUAACAAGUACAGAUGGAACAACAGUGAAGCAAGACAUUUGCAAGAUAAGAACAAAUCUGUUCAAUUCUUAUUAUGCCUGUCUGUUGCAUCCCCAUAUACAGUAUUUCUCUGACAAGAUAAUAUUGUGUUGGUGUAAUGUUAUUUUUGCUGGCACUUUACAUUUAGUAACAUAUUACUUUCAACAGAUUAAUAAAUGUGUAUUAAAAAGCAUAAGCCGCUGGCACGUAAACACCAAACUUAUCCUUGGUUUGACUACAUUACAUUAAGCAAUGCAUUUUUACAAUGGAGUAUAUGUGUUCUCAGCCUUUUCUCCUGUACCCAAAGUCAACAGAGGAAUGACACCUGUCUGAAGCUCUGAAUUCAGGAGACCUUAACGGUGAUGUGUACAAAAAGUCCACCUAGUGUUGAGAUCACACAUCCAGACAUGUCAGCAUAUUUCUGCAUUUAGCCGGUAAUGAUACGUGGUUUCAAAUGUUUCAAGAGGGUUCUCGUCAAUUGAGAUUGGCCUCUGGAUGGAAGCUGAAAUUUAAAAAAUCAAAAACAUUGUUAAAUGACUGCCU